UACAACAUCAACAUGUCUUCCUAACUGUUUCAAGAUGCACCAAAAGUCAGACUCCGCCAUGUCAAAAAAAGAAGUCAGUGAGCGGUGUGCUCAGAUGGCCUCCGAACUUUCUUCCCCGGAUUCCAAUCCUCCGGCCUCGGACACAAAUGAGAUGUAUUCUAGUAACCCGGAGGAUGGAAAAGAUAAACACAUAGCCUGGCAUUUCAAUAACAAAGGAUACCCAGAGGAUCCGCUAGGGGAUGGAAAAGAUGAUUACCGGUCAGAUCAGACCCCACUACUAACUAUACAGUUUAAAGACAACAGGUCCUUCCCUCGGAUACCAGACGACGGAGGCGAUAAUGUGCACCCAGAUGAUGGUAUGGGUCCUAUGGGCAACGAUUUCGAAUGCUGCGAACGCGUGGUUAUCAACGUCAGUGGUCUGCGGUUCGAGACACAGCUGAAAACUCUAAACCAAUUCCCUGAUACAUUACUGGGCAAUCCACAGAAAAGAAACAGAUACUACGAUCCCCUCAGAAAUGAGUAUUUCUUUGAUCGAAACAGACCAAGCUUUGAUGCUAUCUUGUAUUAUUACCAAAGUGGUGGACGAUUACGUAGGCCUGUAAAUGUGCCAUUGGAUGUGUUCUCAGAGGAAAUAAAAUUCUAUGAAUUAGGAGAGGAUGCUAUUGAAAAAUACCGCGAAGAUGAAGGCUUCAUUCGUGAGGAGGAAAAGCCACUUCCGCAAAAUGAAUUCCAGAGACGUGUUUGGUUACUCUUUGAGUACCCCGAAAGUUCAACAGCUGCACGGCUCAUAGCUAUAUUUUCUGUGCUAGUGAUCUUGUUAUCAAUUGUAAUAUUUUGCCUAGAGACCUUGCCUGAAUUUAAGCAUUACAGAGUUGUAAAUGAUACAGUUGCAAAUAAGACAGAAUAUAUCAAGGAAGAUGAUAUUCCCAAAUUCAGUGAACCAUUUUUUAUCAUUGAAACAUGUUGUAUAAUUUGGUUUACCUUCGAGUUAUUGGUCAGGUUUGCCUCUUGCCCAGAAAAAUUAGGUUUUUUUAAGAAUAUAAUGAAUCUUAUUGAUAUUGUAGCAAUCAUUCCAUACUUCAUUACUCUGGGCACAGUGAUCGCAGAUGAAAGCAAAAGUAACAAUCAGGCUAUGUCCCUUGCAAUUUUGAGGGUCAUUCGACUUGUUAGGGUUUUUAGAAUCUUCAAAUUGUCCAGACAUUCAAAAGGACUUCAAAUAUUAGGACAGACUUUAAAAGCUAGUAUGCGAGAACUUGGACUCUUAAUAUUUUUCCUCUUCAUUGGUGUGAUAUUGUUCUCUAGUGCUGUGUAUUUUGCUGAAGCAGAUGCAGACCAGUCACAUUUCAAAAGUAUUCCAGAUGCAUUUUGGUGGGCAGUGGUCACCAUGACAACUGUAGGAUAUGGUGACAUGAGACCAAUUGGUGUAUGGGGUAAGCUUGUUGGCUCCCUGUGCGCCAUUGCUGGAGUGUUGACCAUUGCAUUACCUGUGCCAGUUAUUGUGUCAAACUUCAAUUACUUUUACCAUAGAGAAACAGAAAAUGAAGAGAAACAAACUUACCAACAUGUGCAAUCCUGUCCGAAUUACCCACAGAAACAAAGCUCAUUGGGAUCAGAUGCAGGUUCAGAUAUCAUGGAAAUGGAAGAAGGUAGUAGCUUGGUGGGUAACGAUCGUGCAAAAGAAAAUCAUACGAAGUCCAACAACCCAUCUAGCAUUAACAACUUGAGCAUCGAGACAGAUGUAUGAUGUCUGUACUUUCAAACUUUAGCUUCCAGUUGUAAAGGGAAGUUGUGUUUCGAAAAAGUGUUUGACUGUGGAAUCACUUGUGGUAAAACAAGAUCUGUGGAUAGAUGGAUCAGAAAGCCCAGGUAAUGAUGCAUUGGCAUAAGGUACUGUACUCACAUGUAUGUGUACCCAUUUACUUGGAAGGAUGCCAUCUGAACUACCAAGGUUACCACAGCAAUGGAUGGAACAGAGUUGUGGAAAUGUACAUUGUAGGCUAUAAACAUUGCAACUUACACCUGAAGAAAGUAAACCCAUACAGAGGGCCUGUCCAGGUGUGAGCGAAGUUGUUUGUAGGUUGAAGCCUUGGAGGCCUGUCUCUUUUGUGUGUGUGUUAAGUUGAAUGAAGAUUGACUCCACCAGAUCAUUGAAACUUAUUUCUAUGUCAAUCAACUACUAACAAUCUACAUGCAUGCUGUGACCACAAGUGUUGUCUACACUGUCCAUGCCAAGUAAAGUGAACUCUUACCACAUCUAACAACCAUUAUUCCAGAUGCCCGUUUGAAGUUACAUGCAUUAUCCAAGAUUGGAUAAGUGGAAAACUGUAACAUAAACAAUUCUGGGAGGAGCCAAAAUCUCAAUAUGCAAUUUCAGUUCCAAGAUGAGUGGUCUCUUCCCACACACUACACUACCCGUAUUGUGACCUUGUGCCAGGUCAGCACAAGUUCAAGGAUAAAGCUGUGAUAAACUUGUGCAUGUGAAAAGUUCUCCUGCUGAACAAUAACAGAUCCUAAACUGUUGUACUGACUUGAAGCAGGGGAAUAUUGAAGCAUGCACAGAAUCAGGGAUUAAUGUUGAAGCGAAUAAAGCCACAGGAAGUAGAACUAGGCAUACAUCUAGGUAUGCUGGUUUAGCGUCCACCUAAAAUAGAAUGGUAUUCAUUUGAGAUGAAAAACGGGACUGUGUAUAAUUCCACCAUCAUUAAGCCUUCUGUGGUUAUGUAUGAUGUCCUGUGACAUUCCCCCAUAGUGUAACCCUGAAACCACAAACUCUUCAAAUGCAGGCUUGUAAUGAUCUGUACUGGAGAAGAGCACAGCACCUCACACAGAAGUAACUUUUGCACCUAAAGGCUGGAAUUUUUGGUACAUGUAUUGCACAAAUUUCUGGACUUGUGCCUUGGAUAACCCUACUGAACAGCUGGUCUUCAAGAGUGGUGAAGAAAGAAUUGCCAGAGAUGAAUGCUUCCCUGUAAAACCACACAUACGGUGCCCAGGCGGCUACUGAGCAUGUGCAGGCCACGCCUACUGACCUCUGCCAUGUAUUGGAUGGCCCCACAAGGAUAAGUUCUGGAGACAUUGGAACUGGAUGGAGAACAGCUUGCUGAAGCAGACAACAGGGAUGAUCACUGCCUUUCCUCAGGACAGAGGAGCCAGCCCAUAAGAGGUAGUGGUCAGGGAGCAGGGAUUUGCUUCCAUUAGCCGUGACCUAUCUGUUGAAGAAAGGGAUUUACACGUAUGCCAUGAUUUCACCGCAUGGACUACCUGUGGAGCAGUCUAGUCAGUCAUGACACUGGCUGAAAGAGGAGUGGAUUUCUACCAUUCAAAAAAAGAAGUGAGGAAGCGUGGAAAUAAGGACCUGUUUCAGAUUUCUCUUAGCGUUUAGAGCAUUUCACCUUUUGUUUAAUAUCUCAAUCUCUGUUGCCAAAGGACAAAGAGCUUGAAGCCAUUUGUGAUGGAGGAAUUUCUCUGAUUCACUUUGGUGAACUGUGCUGUCUCUUAAGUGUUUGAGAAUUUAAUUGGUUGUGUCUUUGCAGAGGAGUUCACAUCACUUGUGCAAAAAUUGUCUGGGUGGUCCUUGUCCUGUCGGGAAAGCAAUUCCCCGAAAUGGACAUGCUGCAGAAGCAGUGGUGAAAGGAUCAAGGCUGUCCAUAGUAUUGACUAAACACUUCGGGCAGAAAUGUGAUUAGAUGUAACUGGUUCAAGGUUACUUGUGGGCCAUCCUUAAUUGAAUAAGAAUGAAACGUGAAGAGGGCAAUGUAAGGAUUCAGAAAUCAUUGGCUCCCAUUACACAGUAAGGGCACUCACUGGAAUCAGAAGUGAUAGGCUAAUGGCUUAUGGUUCAGACUGCAGUCUUGAGAGUGAAAGCUAAUGGUUACUAUUUCAGAUGUUUUUUCCCUUCUUAGUCCUGAAUUGUUGCCUGUAUAUAAAGUUUUUCACAAGUAUCCCUGGUUGAACUUCCUUCUGUGGUAUCUUUUGCUUUAGACCAGAAUCAGUCUCUGUUCUUGUUCUUACUAUCUUUCCCAUCAACAUACCUGUAUGUUACCAUAUUUACUCUCAUUACAUAUAUCCUUGACCUCAACACCUUAUCCCAAAAUACUUCUUUGCACUGUUGUUUAUGUGUACCGAUAAGAAAAGACUAAGUGUAGUGGGUAGAGAUCAGCACUGCCAAAUUAGCCCUAAUGUUGAACAGUGCAAUUCUGUGUGU